CACCACGCCAGUUCAACCAGAGUUAAAAUCUGUGAUUUGACUUUUGCCAACAUUAACAUUGGCUGUAUUUCAAGUUGUAUGGUCUUUGUGGUUUUACAGGACAAAGGGACGGCUUCUUGAAGACGUGUAAGAACGACGACUCGGAGAUAUCGACAAUGAGUCUGUCUGAGGAGGAGCAUCGGGAUAGGAGGCCUCUCAGCAGAGGGAAAGUGGGGCUGGAAGAUCAAGAGGAGGAGGAGGAGGAAAAAGGAAUGGAGAAGGACGCCCCCCUAGUGGCCCUUGCACCUGAUGCUGCACUCCCAGAGGAGCAGACCUCUGCCGCUAUUCAUGUCUCUGCUAGUCCUGCUUUCCAGUGCCUGGAUGAGUUGUUGUCAUUGGGCAAAAUCAGCCAGACCAGAGUCGCCAAACUGAAAUCCAGCUAUAUGCUGCUCCACAAUACUCUGAAGAGCUCCCAGGAUUCUGAGAUUCAGCUUUUGGGAGAGGCAAAGAGGUGUCGUGCUGAGCUGGAGAGGCUGCAGGCCGAGGUGGAGAGAACAGAGGAGCAAAGCACCUCUGAGGAGCCUGAAAGUGAGGUCAAUGAACUGAGGCAGCAGCUCCUCCAGGCAUACAAUGAACUGAAAGCUGCUGAGGACAGAGAGUACAAGACACAGCAUAAACUGAAAUGUCUCUGGGAAGAGAAGCAGUAUCUGGAGAGAGAGAGUGAGAUUCAGCCGGAGCCUGCUGAGCUGGAGAACAGAACAAAGGCCCUGCAGGACAAAUAUGAGGAUCUGAAGAAAGAGGUUGCCCAGAGACAACUGGAAGUCAGAAGCCUGAUGGAGGAUGUGAAAACCCAUGAAACACAGAUAUUGAAAGAACAGAAAGAGCUGGAAGACAAGAAGGAGAUCAUAGAGCUCAAAGAGGCUGAGAAGGCCCGGCUCAUCAGCACACCUGACCAGAUUUUGAAGGAGAUUGAAAGGAAACGCUUUAAGAAGGAAGCUGCAAUGAAGAAGACGGAAGCACUAAACGGAGAGAUUUCAGACAUGGAGCAGCAAGUGAGGGAGGUGGAGCAACGUAACCACUCCCUCAGGUUGAACAAGAAGGCGAUGAAUGAGGAGCUGGAGGAUCUUCGGGCCCAAGUAGAGGCUGGUCAGAGGCAGUACAGACAGCUGUUGAAAGAGCUGGAGGUUAGAAUUGAGGAGGAGGCCCAGCUCACAGGGAACAGAGGUAUCCUGGAAAUGAAGUUGCACAGCAUCAUGUCUGACAGGAAGCACCUGUAUGAGAGUCAAUCUGUGCAGCUCAGGGAGAAAAAUAGGCAGAUGCAAGCCCUCAAGAGAAUGGAGCAUGCGUUGACCACGGCCAGUGAGCAGCUGAAACACACACAGUCUAUCUACAGUGACUUACAGGCACAGUUAGACGCUGUUCCCAAAAGUGAGGCCGGCACUCAGCAGGGGCUGGAGCUCCAGAAAGAGGUGGACGCUCUAAAAGUCAGCUUUGAAAAAAAGCUAUCAGUAGCUGAGGAGGAGAGCCAGAAGAAGUGGCAGUACGGGAUGAUUCAGGGGCUGCUGAGGAAGUCGAAUUGCCUCAGAGAAGAACUCCAUAACCUCAGAUGUCUGACACAGAUCAAAGCCGAGGAGAGAGGCCAGAAGCACCGUGAACUGCUGAGAGCUGAGCAGCUGAAGCAGCACAUCCAGCAGGAGCUGAUAGAAAAAGACCUGAUCAUCAUGGACCACAACAAGCUGAACACAAUGCUACAGCGCAGAUUAUCACAGUAUUGUAAUCUGUGCAAUAUGAUUAUGGAAGAGAAGAAUAAGUACGUCAAGCUGAAGCAGAUUGCCGCACAGACGAUCGCAGAGCUGAAGGAGCAGGUGAAGGUGCAGGACAACGAGCUGGAGAUCCAGCGUACCAUAGUCAUCAACAAGGACAGAUCACUCACAAAAGCUCACAUGAAGAUCUCUAAUAGCUCCAAACUGAGGGACAAACUGCGCAAUGACAUCUCCAAGGUUUCCUGGAAGCACAGUCAGAUCACUCAGGAGUGUGAGGACAACAAACUGGAGCUGAUGAAGCUCACACACAUGAUCAAUGCCCAGGAGGAAGCCCUUCUGGAAAUAAACAAGAAUCAUGAAAAGGCCAUCCAGCGUCGCAAUUUUCUUGGCAUUCAGCUCCUGGAGCAUGAGGAGGUGUUACUCAACUGCUAUGAAAAGGUGAACGUCCAGGAGGCAGCCAUCAAUAAGGGCAACAUGGGGCUGGAGACGCUGGAGAAGGAGAUGAGGGAUUUACAGUUGGAGAUUAAUGAGGAGAAGAGACAGAUAGACCUGAUGAAGAAGGAGGGGCCCCUGAUGAAAAGGUUGGAGAAAGAGAUCGCCACGCUGCAGAUAGAGUUGUCAGAAGCCAGGGACAAGACUCUUGAAGGUCUCAAUCGAACAGUCGAUUACAAGGAGCUAAAAGGCAAAGACCCCUCAACUGUCGAACUGGUCAAGAAGAUUGAGCAGCUCGAGGUGAAACUGGCCGAGAGAGAGCGGCAGGUGCUGGAGAGAGAACUCCUCGUGGACCAGGUGACCCGGCUCUCGAAGCCACUCAGCGAGCAGGCGGAGAACUGCCGACAGGACAGACUCACGCUGGCAAAGAAGCUCAACGAGUUUCGAGCUCACAUAAUGGACACCAACCAGCGCCUGAUGGCCGUCUCCGCGGAACUUUCCAUGAAGCAAGCGGCCGCUUUGUCUCUCCAGCAGGAGAUCAGAGAGAAGGAGCACCAGAUGGACAGGUGCCAACAGCAGCUGGAGCAGGGCCUGCCACCGUGCCCCGAGAUGGAGGAGGAGUGGAGGAGGAUGCUCCGGGACAAGAAGAGGAGACAGAGGGACAAAGAGGAGAGAGAGAGGCGGGCUGAAGAAGCGGAGUGGAUCCAGUUGCCUAACGGAGUGUACACCACGGCCGAACCCCGUCCCAACGCGUACAUCCCGCAGAGCGACGGCGCUCUGCCUCUGCCCAAACCCUACGGAGCCCAGGCCCCCUUCAAACCCUCCCAGCCAGGGGCCAACAUGAGACACAUCCGCAAACCAACGCUCAAACCCUUAGAGAUGUAGAAAAACAACACGUUCUCCAGACACGUCAUCUCAACUUCAAUCAAAAAAUUUUUUAAAAGCGAAUGCGCAUUUUUAUUAUUAUUAUUUUUUUUUUCAGAAGAUGUUUUCUUCAUAUUUAUCAGGUUUAUUGACCUUCCUCAGUGCUGCUCCCUCCUCCUCCUCUCUGCCUCUUGUGUCCGGUCCAGCAUACCACUGCUGUUUUGGUCGUGUGUGUGUCUUGUGGACUACAUCUGGUUGUAAUCGUGUUUCCUUUUUUUAUAUAUUUAUAUUUACUGGAAAGACCUUGUGUGCACUUCUUGCUUGCAGUAACACAAAAUACUGUAGAAGAGUGGAAGGGAGGACAGAGGACACGGGGGAGAGAUAAAAAUGUGUUUGUGUAUUGUUACAUCAUGUCCACCAAUAAAAAGCUUUGUGUUUUCUUUCCUA